AUGGUUCUCGCCGACGUGCUGAAGCGAUGGCAGCAACUCAAGGGCAAGAAAACUUUUCUUCUGACAGGAACUGACGAGCACGGCAUGAAAAUCCAACGAGCCGCUGCCAAAGAGGGAAUACCGCCCAAGGAAUUUUGCGACAGCAACUCGAACAAGUUUCGGGAGCUGGCCGCCGCUGGCGAUAUCUCCUACGAUGCCUUCAUACGAACGACGCAGGUGGAGCAUAAAGAAGCAGUCAGCGAAUUCUGGCUCAAGCUGAAACACACUCUACCGGAAAACUUGGGGCUGUACAAAGGGACGCAUGAAGGGUGGUACGCUGUCAGCGAUGAGUGCUUCUAUCCAGAGGACCUAGUUCGGCCGGACAUUGUACCUCAAACAGGGAAGAAGAUUAUGGUGAGUGACGAAACAGGAAGCGAGGUUGAAUGGAUCAAGGAAGAAACGUGGUUUUUCCCCUUGACUAAAUACAGAGAUGCUCUUCUGAAAUUCUAUGACGAGAAUCCACAUUGGAUAACGCCAACAUAUCGGAUGAACGAGGUUCGCAACUGGGUCGAAAAUCAUUUGGAAGAUUUGUGCAUCACGAGGCCUGCGGCUCGAUUAAGUUGGGGCAUCCCAGACCCCGAGGAUCGUACUCAGACAAUAUAUGUUUGGGUCGAUGCUUUGAUCAAUUACCUCACUCAGGCAGGCUAUGGCAGGAAAUGGCAUUCUCCACCUGAUGAGAUGGGAAUCUGGCCCGCGGAUGUGCAGAUCAUCGGAAAGGAUAUCUUGCGAUUUCAUGCCGUCUACUGGCCAGCCCUCCUCAUGGCCCUAGAUUUGCCCCUUCCUAAGCAGUUGCUAUGCCACAAUCAUUGGACAAUGUCCAACCGGAAAAUGUCGAAAUCGCUUGGCAAUGUGGUCAACCCCUUCUUUGCCAUGCAACGUUGGGAUAUUGACCCUUUGCGGUAUUUUCUAAUGCGAAACGGAAGCCUUGCUAAGGACAUGAGCUACUCAAAUCAGUUGAUCGGAUCAAUUUAUGCCAAGGAGCUUCAGGCGAAUAUUGGCAACCUCUUUUACAGGAUUGCCCGACCAAAGGUGACCUCGAAAUGGUCAACUCUCGAGGCUGUCACGGCUUUCCGCAAUGGUGCGUUCAAGGGAAUAUCUGACCAUGCUUCGCACCAACUCUUUGUCAGCUUGGAUGAGCAUAUGGAGAAGAUCACUCCAGCAUUUUCCGAAGAAAUGAAGAAGUACAACACUGCAGGUGCUGUUCGCGAAGUUUUUGAUCUCCUUCGUGAGACAAAUCGUUACGUCUCCGACACUGAACCAUGGAAUCUCGUCAAGAAGUCCGACCCUCAGAUUCGGAUAUUACUCAAUCUAGUUAUUUACAAUUGCGCGGAAGCAUUACGUAUCGCUGGCAUCCUGCUGCAACCAAUCAUGCCUACCAAGGCAUCCUUGCUAUUAGAUGAACUCGCAGUCAGGCAAGAUAGACGGACUCUCAAAUAUGCGUCCAAGGGCAAGGACGCUGACUACGGCACCGAAGCAAAGACGGGGGACCCAACAGCCAGAUUAAAGAAAUGGGACACGAUCUUCCCCCCAACACCGAAUUCAAAUGACUCCGACGCCGAGGUCAUGGAGCAACUGAGAUUGGCGUUCUAUGACAAAACAAAAAACAGGAUGAAUCAAGUUGCGGAGCUCCUGGCUAUGGAGGCUCGAAUUGGAGAAGAGGCUGCGACAAAAAUGCUGACGGAAAUGCAUGCUGCGAAGUUGAAGCGUCGGCAAGUUGAGCAAGCUGAUGACGUCGCAUUGCAGCGAUUGACACGGCCUAGGCAUCAGUACGAACAAGGUGGUGUUGGUGCCGCAGUUCAAGAAGCGACAGCGUCCGAGCCACUGACUUUGGAGGAGGAAUACGAGAACCAGCAAUCGUGGCGGUCUGCCCACGAAAAGCUCACAUUCAUAAUCUGUCAGGCACUGCCUGCUGCAGCCCGGACGUGGCCCUCAGUCGAGGCGAAAGUGGUGGACGCAGGUGACCGCAUGAUUGGGGACAUUAACUUCUUUAUUUACCAAGAUGAUGAGCCCGAGGAAACGUCACAGGACCGCAGGGCCAAGGUUGCCUUGAGGGGGGAAAUCGAUGUCAUGAUUGCAAACAAGGAGCAUCGCGGGCAAGGGUUCGGAAGCGCCUCAGUGCGAGCCUUGCUGAUGUAUUUGCGGAAAAACAUGGAACCCAUACUGAAGGAGUACGCAUGCGGUCUAACCCUUGGACAAGGGGUUGAAAUGGUUGGAUUAAUGGUCAAGAUUCAGGAAGGAAAUACUGGCAGCAGGAGAUUGUUCGAGAAGCUGGGGUUUGAGCAGGUUGGUGACGUGAAUUAUUUCGGCGAGGUGAUGCUGGUUCUUCCGUGGGGCAAGGCCGAGAGCCUGGUUGACGGAUGGCUGAGCUCGGGCGAAGCAUAUCGAGAGGUCAGGUACGAAACGUCAUAG